AUGAAAUAUUUGAUAAUUUUUUCGAUAUACGUUGUUGUUGUGGUAGUUUCGAAACGACUAGAUUGCGUAGAACCACCGCCGCCUCCUUGUCCUACAGAAAAAGAUUGUGAAAAUAUUAAUUGUGUCCAGCCGAGUUGUAGAACAGGUUUUGUAUCUAGGAAAUUACCGUGUACUUGUUGUGAACAAUGCGUGUCUAAAAAUUGCGAAACGGAAUGUUCUGGAGUUACUUGUGCGGAGGAAAUUUGCCAAAGGGGUGAAAUAUUGAAAACGGUGCGUUGUAAAUGUUGUCCUCAAUGUGUCACAGCCGAAUUUGAACCGCAUUGCGAUGGGGUAAAAUGCAAAACUCCUGUUUGUAGACUAUGGGAAAUAGCUGUUAAACAACGAUGUAGAUGUUGUCAAAUUUGUAUGCCAAUUAAAAAAUAG